GUCAAGGCGUCCACCUCAAACACCCCAGCCUCACCCGUCGCCACUCCAUGCGCCAGCCCCACAGCCUCACACUAGGGUUCUUCGUCCCCUGACAUCUUUAUGAAUGAGAUUCUUCGCUGUAUCUCCUUAUCGUCUUAUAUAUCUCUCAACGCAUAUUGCGCAAUACCCCCGUGUCGCAGAAGCUUUAAGCCACAGCGCUUGUGAGAUCGGUGCCGAGACCCGUUGACCUUUCGUCUUCUUGUCUGAAAUCUUCCUCUUUCUCUCACUUAAACCUCAAUCUUUCCUAGUUCUCUGGUAUCCAAACUUCAUGAAAAUCUUCGACGACCCCUGAUGUCGUCGCCAAAUCCGUACCAACAGGGGCAAAAUUGGUCAAAUCAACAAUACCAGCAACCGCGAGUGCAAAAUCCAGAGAAUCGCUACUCGAAAACAUCCCCGCCAAAUCAUUCGUGUACUGAGCAGAAUGUUGCAGGUCUAUCGCCCUACAUACAGCCACACUAUGAAAGCACCUCUCCAGUGCCGUUCAUCGCGGAACUGCCAGCACCCUUACCUCCAGCACCUCCAACUACAACAUCUGAACAACAACUGAAAGAGGAUGAGCUACUGGCGCACAAGCUUCAGCAGAUGCAAAUCGAAGAAGUGAGAAGGCGAUCAAGCAGCGUCGUGAGCCAGCACCAGCGGCCGGUCAGCGUGGCACCGCCGUCCCCACAUCGACAUUCACCUUUACUACACCAACGAUCUUUCCAUUCACUACGACCACAUUCCCAAAGCGUCUCAUCAACAACUGCACCUUACACUCUCAGUUCGUCACCCCGUCUACCAAGCCCAAGUCUUCUUCCUGAAGUCGUCCCGUACUACCCUCAAUCAACGUCUGAAAACCUUCCCAUUCCCGUCGUUCAGGAUCAGAACACCGUAUAUCCACUUCCAGCGUCACUAGACCCAGCCUCAUCAUCUGCAUAUCUCGAACAACAUCUCCAAGUACCGUAUCCGUCUCAGUGGGCGCUGGCUCCAGUAGUCGCAACAUUCUACGCCUACCACGGGCAUAAAAUUCCUCCAAGUUCAACUUGGCUAGAAACACCAGAUUCUGUCACUUGGCGGACAAUUAGGCCUACGGAGAAUGCCAUGGGUCCUGCGCCUGCCUCUUACAUCUUCAAAUUCAAGACAUCAGGCGGCAGUUUUCGAAGUUCGCGGCUUUCAUGGAGUAUGACUUGUUCUGGGGAGCAAUCGAACAAACUGGCCAAGUCUAAACGACCCAUAUGGGCUUACGAUCUCAAAUUCGAUUCUAGCACUGGGCUACGCAAGACUGAAGUCCUAGCUCACGGACGAGAAAAUGCCAUUCUAACUACCUACGUCCACGGUCUGAACUACGACUCUCUACGCUUCAUUGGCCCCGAUAGCCGCGCAUACAUGUGGGUCAGUAGUUCCGCACUAUCUUCUAUAAAUGGCUCGCGAUAUGACACGCUCCGCCAUGCCCUCUUUGUUACCACAGGAAACAUCCAAGACCCUCUGUACGGCCAAAUCGUCGCAGACCAUACUUUCUGGGAUGGCUAUGUUGCCGAGAACGAAGUGCACGUGGGUAUACGAUGCAACGAGUGCCAAAUGAAGCCCAUCAAUGGGCUGAGGUGGAUCUGCAGAACUUGUCCCCAUCACGAUGUAUGUGAUACAUGCCGUACGCUCGCGCUCGGCGCACAAUUCGGCGCAUCCAUACAACCAACAUGCGACUUCUCCCUUGUCAAUCUCCCCAAUGAGGCAUUAAACAUUCGCUCGCCGACAGUUGACCCAGAACUUGUUGUGGCCACUCUCCAAAUUCUGAAAGACUGGGAAAAGCAUACACUUCGAGAGGAGAAGAAAAAGAACUUCAACGGCUUCGUGGCGAGUGAAAAUGCAGCACGGAAAUGCGAUUUGGGCGUCAUGAGUUAUUGGAAAGCAGGGGAUUGGGACAAGAAGGGUGCAGAGGGGGAGAAGUUUGGUACACGGGUCAAGGCGAGAGGAAUCAUGCAGGCAUAUGGAGAGACAGCGGCUGCGUUAAGAAAGGUGGUAGACACCGGGUCUUCCGUUGGUGGGAAUGAUGUGACGAUAGGUACUAAGGUUGCAAACAAAGAUGGCAGCGGCUCGUGAUGAAAGGAAAGUCUAGCGUAAAGCUUGAUAUCUUGUAUUAACAACAAUUCCGGGUUUAAUUUCAUGAAUGAUGCAAGCGCU